AUGGGGAACGAACCGGGGACCGCGAACUCUUCCGGUUCCGGAGGAAGCUCCGGUCGGGUCGGGGCUAGAAAGCGUGACUCGUGGCACGCGGCGACCGGCGGAUCGAACGGAACCGACACGGGCACCACCGGAGCGGGCACCGUCGGGGGCAGCGUCGGCGGGCGCCAGGAGCCACCGCCGCCACCGGACGGACACCCGACGGCGAAGGAAUCGGCCUCGAACGGAAGCUCGUCGGACGGGGGCAAGCGGGCACUACCGUCGCCGCUGCCGAUGGCCACGGCCGAAACGGCCCAGAUCCUGAACAGCAAGGAGCGGAGCCUCGUCGUGACGCUGACCGGUGAGCGGCAGCGCGAAACGUGGAGCCAGAAGGCGGAGUUCCUGCUGGCCGUGAUCGGGUUCGCGGUCGACUUGGGCAACGUUUGGCGCUUCCCGUACAUCUGCUACCAGAACGGUGGCGGAGCGUUUCUCAUCCCGUACUGCAUCAUGCUGCUGUUCGGGGGGCUGCCCCUGUUCUACAUGGAGCUGGCCCUGGGUCAGUUCCACCGGUGCGGCUGUCUCACGAUCUGGAAGCGCAUCUGUCCGGCACUGAAAGGUGUGGGCUACGCCAUCUGUCUGAUUGACAUCUACAUGGGCAUGUACUACAACACCAUCAUCGGCUGGGCAGUCUACUACCUGUUUGCGUCGUUCACCUCCGAGCUGCCGUGGACCAAGUGUGGUAACCCGUGGAACACGGAUGCCUGUUCGCCGGUCACCGGCCGCUUGAACGCCACACUCCGGAACGCGAGCACUACCCUGAUGACGAUGACGACCGCUGCGGCCAGUACCUUUAUGUCGCCGACGGACGUUACGCUGGCCGCCAAUUCGACGACACUCGCGACCACACUCUCCACCAUCGCGGGCCACCAUCUGUACCACCGGGACCGGGAGCACCCGCACCUGCUGACCAGUAGCAGCCUGUCGACGAUGCUAGCGAAUCUCAGCACCAGCACCGUGGCCACGGUCGUCGAAAUGGCCGGUGGUGGACCGGCCGCCGCCGCCAUUCCGGUGUUGGCCAGCCCGGCCCGGGAAUUUUUCGAGCGUCAGGUGCUGGAGCAGUACAAAUCGCACGGGCUGGAGUUUAUGGGGCCGGUCAAACCGUCGCUCGCCCUGUGCGUUUUCGGUGUGUUCGUGCUGGUGUACUUCUCGCUCUGGAAAGGUGUCCGCAGUGCCGGCAAGGUGGUCUGGGUGACGGCCCUCGCCCCGUACGUCGUCCUGCUGAUCCUGCUCGCCCGAGGAGUCACGCUGCCGGGGGCCGCCGAAGGAAUACGCUACUACCUAACGCCCCAGUGGAACAAGCUGAACAACUCUCGUGUAUGGAUCGAUGCCGCGUCGCAGAUCUUCUUCUCGCUCGGGCCCGGUUUCGGGACCCUGUUGGCCCUGUCGAGUUACAACAAGUUCAACAACAACUGCUACCGGGACGCCCUGCUCACCAGCAGCAUCAACUGUCUGACGAGCUUUCUGGCCGGGUUCGUCAUCUUCUCCGUGCUCGGCUACAUGGCGAACGUGCAGAACAAGUCGAUCGAGGAGGUCGGCCUGGAGGGACCUGGUCUGGUGUUUAUCGUCUAUCCGGAGGCAAUCGCCAUGAUGAAGGGCUCGGUGUUUUGGUCGAUCAUCUUCUUCCUGAUGCUCAUCACGCUCGGGCUCGACUCGACGUUCGGCGGCCUGGAAGCGAUGAUUACGGCCCUGUGCGACGAGUACCCGCGUACGAUCGGACGCCGCCGGGAACUGUUUGUGCUGGUCCUGCUCGCACUCAUCUUCAUCUGCGCACUGCCAACAAUGACAUACGGUGGCGUUUAUCUGGUCAACUUCCUCAACGUGUACGGUCCCGGGCUGGCGAUCCUGUUUGUCGUGUUCGUCGAGGCGGCCGGCGUCUUUUGGUUCUACGGGGUCGAGAACUUCUCCGCCGACAUCGAGCAGAUGCUGGGUAAGAAACCGUCGCUCUUCUGGCGUAUCUGCUGGAAGUACAUCAGCCCGACGUUUCUGUUUUGCAUCCUAAUAUUUUCGCUCCUGGGAUACGAGGAAAUGCUCGGCGAGGAGUACGAGUAUCCGGAGUGGAGUGUGGCCGCCGGUUGGGCCCUAACACUGUCCUCGGUGCUCUGCAUCCCGACGUAUGUGAUCUACAAGUUUCUGAAAAGUCCUGGCAACUGCAGGGAGCGAUUGAGACGCACGUUCAAGCCGGAACCCCUGAUACCGACGGCCAUCCCCGGCCAGCUGUACACCGGCACCGCCGUCUGA